AUGGAGCAUAGAUUCGCCUCGACGCUGCUGGGCUUCCUCGCCUUUUUCGUUCUGCUAUCGUCCAUCCAGCGCGCAAAUGCACAGGGCUUUACGCAAUCAUAUUGCUCCAGUCUAAACACGGGUAGCGAUGAUGAUGUCUACACAUGGCCAUACCAGUCCAACGGCAACUGCACCAACCACUGCAAGGAGGAAGGUACCUAUGCCUUUGCCGUUCUAAAAUACACCGACUGCUGGUGCUCCAACUACGCUCCCGGGGAGACGGCCGAUAUCAGCGACUGCCAGAAGGACUGCCCUGGCUUCCCGGCCGAAAAGUGCGGCGACAAGGACAACAACCUGUUCAUGUAUAUCCAAAUGGACGGCAAGGUAUCCGGCACCAUCGGAGGCUCGCAACCCACGUCCUCCGCCGAGCCUUCGAAGACCAAAGACAAACCUACAGAAGCCCCGACUACCGAAAAGCCAUCUGCGACUCAAUCCGAAGCCGACGAUGAACCGACCUCAGCCAUGGCACCUGUCACAACGCCAACCGUCUUGACCGAAAGUGGUCGUGUCGUUACCAGAACAGUCGUCUUCACUCCGACCGCGGCUGCCUCCGAGGAAACCAGUCAUGACAGCGGCCCCAACGUCGGAGCCAUCGCCGGUGGUGUUGCUGGCGGUGUCAUCGCUCUGCUAGCCAUCGUAGGUGGUGUACUGUUCGUCCUCUGGCGGAGGAAGAGGCAGCAAGACGAGCAAAACGGCGGACAUGACGGUGGUUCCGCUGGGAUCUCGCGCAAUGUGAGCACCAUGAGCAGAGCCGGCCUGCUAGGAGGACGUAGCGAAAAGUCACCGACCCAGCUUGUUACAAACUUCGGUUCGCAACGAAGCCGCCACGACGAGGAAUCGAUCACGCCCGUUACACCGUCGAGCCGCCGAUUAAGUCAACCCAUCCUAGUCGACUCGCGACUCAACCCAACCGCUGUUUUGACCUUCCAUGGCGCGAACGCCAGCCGGGAAAGUCUUGGAAGUAUCGACGACAGCCGAGACUACGGACGACAAUUGAACGUGCGAAACCCGGAUCCGAACGUCAACUAG